ACAUAACACUGCUCGGACUGCUCACACACCGAGCUACUGUACCUACUAUACUUACUUAUCUACUGAUAUUAUACCAAACGUCAAAUGUACCUAUUCAACUUGUUGCAUUUUUAUUUUUAAAGAUACGUGAAGUUUAGCAAACUCUAAAGUUACUUUAUUUAUCAAUUUGAUUGACUGUACAAUAAUAAAACUUUGUCAUGGACGAUCCACCGUUUAUCGGCGAUUGGCAUUUUGUUAAGAAGCUGGGCUCUGGAGGAUUCGGCCUAGUGAAAUUGUGGCAGAAUAGGAAAACUGGACAAAAUAUUGCAAUAAAAAAAUGCCAGGUCAGUCCAUGUCAAGACAAGGCAUCACUUGAAAAAUUGAAGGAACGAUGGAAGCGAGAGAUUCAAUAUAUGACAAAUGAAAUCAAAAACGAAAAUAUCGUCCAAGGUUUACUGGUCAAACCUGAUUCGUUUUUAUUGGAAUUAAACAAAUCGAGUCAGCUGUCCAUGCCAGUACUUGUAAUGGAAUAUUGUGAAGGAGGAGAUCUGCGAUCAGCCUUAAGCGAACAUCACAACACAAGUGGUUUAAUAGAAUCAGAAGUUCGUAGCGUAUUGAAGUGUCUGCUGAGUGCGAUAUCUUAUCUACAUCAAAUUAAAAUAAGUCAUCGUGAUAUUAAGCCAGAAAAUUGUGUCAUCAAAACCAACCAGCAGGGUGAGAAAAUUUACAAGUUGACUGACCUGGGCUACGCUCGGCAAAUCGACAGGCAAAGCUUGGUAGCCUCGUUAGUUGGAACUAUAGAAUAUGUUGCUCCCGAACUGCUUAUCACCGAUAAGUACAGUAAUUCCGUUGAUUAUUGGUCUUUCGGUAUAAUUGCUUUCGAAGUUAUUGCCGGCGUUCGACCAUUUGUACCACAUAUGCCCUUGGCUCAAUGGAUGCCGACCGUGAAGAAAAAGAAAUCCGAACACAUUUGCGUCACGGAAAACAUUGACGGCAUCGAGUACUUGAGUACAAUUUUCCCCGAAAAUCAAAUAUCAUCGUGCUUCAAGGUUCACAUGGAAAAUUGGCUUAAGUUGGCUUUGGAAUGGAAUCCGAAACAACGAGGACACGUUUUCGAAACACCUGCAACCAAAUCGGUGUCAUUUGCCGAUAUGAGUAACACUUUGCCGCCGAUUUCGAUUCUGAAAAUAUUUACGAUGCUGGACGAAGUGCUGACCAAAAAAAUUCUAACCGUCUUCUGUCUGUACACGUAUCAGAGCUACAGUUACGACAUUGAUGAGACGACUACCAUGAACGAUUUACUCGAUUUGAUCGAGAAAAGCACAUCGAUACCGAAAGACAAAAUUCGAUUGACGAUUCCAGUGGAAAAUCAUCAUGUUGAGCAUAUCGAUGAGAAGACUCGGCCAAUCGAUUUGUAUUUCGAUAAAUAUUUCGAUAAACCAAUGCUGUUUGUGGGAUGCAGCGGUAUGUUGAUGAAGAGUGAUAAUCUCGUUGGAAUGCCCGACUUGGUCGAAAUGGUGUUUAAUGAUUAUAAAACCAAAUUGAGGCCGCACAUCUUAAAGAGAUUCGUCUACAACGUAUUCUAUUUCAUCCGAAACGAACAGAAAAAAUAUGUGACUGCACUCGACGGAUUCUACAAUUAUUCGCUGCAGUUGAAUCACCAAAUCGAGCUGUACGAAGUCAAUAUUAACAAGAUGCUAAAGCUGGCGUAUGGACUUAGUGGUGCGGUUAGGCUAAUUGAUCGGAUGCUGACAACAUUGAAAGGAAACGAUGAUAAAUCGCUUCAAGUGCAUGAAGCACAGGUGCGUCUCGGAGAUCAAUGCCAAAAGCUUCAAAUCAACAUUGGUGUGUUGAUCGGCGCGUGUGAGAAAAUCGUGAAGCGUUAUCGUUCGGUUCAUCGUCGAAGCAGAGAUUCUCUGAACCAUCCGUUGUUGGAGAAGGGAUUCCAGAACGUGGAUUAUUUCCAGAUCGCUGAAUUGAGCAAAAAGUAUCAGAUUAUUAGGGAGCAGUUUGCUACUAAAAUCUAUACGGAAAGUCAACAAACGGACAUCUUUAAAUGCGCAUACAAUUGCUUGAAAAAGCGGGAUCAGUUAUUGAGGGCUGAGCAAUUCUUGGAGUGGCAGAGACAAACGGGCAAUGUGAGCAUCGAAAUGGAAGAAAUUAAAAAGACAGUGAAAUCUGCAACAUCGCAAGGUGAAAAGUACGACAGUGAACUGAAUAAAAUCAACGACGAUAUUUUGGAGUACAUUCAAUCGCAGCAAUAUCAAAGCAACAAUGGACCCGAUUUGAUCCCAGACAUUGAGAAUAUUCUUGAUAAAAAGAUUGUACCGUCGGUCGAUCAAAAGUUUCACAUUGGACAGCCGGUUAGCUGGAACAUGAAUGGAAGUAGUUUGAAAUUCACAUCAUGUUUGGCCAAUGGUAAUGAUGAUUGUGAUACCACGUCAAUUAUUGAAGACAAUGAACAUCUCAGGCAGAGAUUUGCCGAUGUAGUCAAUCAAAUCAACAGUGAAUUGAAAACUGACUCGGAAAAUUAAUUUAUCUUAUAAUGCAAUAAUGGAAUAAUGUGACUUACACAACGUAAUGGACUUAAUCCUAGGACUUAGCUUUAUGUU